AUGCUCGUCCCAAAACAUAACAUACUUUCUUCUGAGCACCUUAUUGCCUGUGAACGGACAAUGCUUAAGUUUGUGGACGGCAAACUAAAUUCAAAAGUUGGAAUGGAAUUUAAAGUAUGGGAUUGGCAGAUACCAGAAUUAUAUGGAAUAGUUUUAGGAAUGUUUGUAAAACUUGGCCUUAAAGAAACUCUCGGCAUUCGAAAAUCUGAAAUGUUGGACUUUAUUAUCGAUGUUGAAAAAGGCUAUUACAAAACUUCCUAUCAUUCUUUUUAUCAUGCUGUUGACGUAGUGGCUGUCCUUUAUUACAUGCUUAAGGAUUUGGGUGCUGGAACACGUCCGUCUGUUAUCACCACUCUCGACUCUGAACAACGUGAACUUUUAUUAAAAAUUUUACUUCACGCUGCCGACCUUAGCAAUACUGUUCGUCCAUGGGAUAUAUCUAAACGUUGGUCUGAUUUAGUCGUUGAAGAGUUCUUUCAUCAAGGUGAUCUUGAAAAACAAAAUAAUCUUCCGGUAUCUCCUAAUAUGGACAGAAAAAAAGCUCAUCAAUGUCAAAUAAGUCUUGGUUUCGGUGACUUUGUAGUUAAACCUUUCUUUGAAGCUUUUGCUUCUUUCUUACAUCAAGCAACUAUAUUUCUGGACAUUUUGGCUGAAAAUCGUAUUUAUUGGGAUGAUAUGAAGAAUGCUCCACCGCAACCUCCUCCAACCCUAUUAACCCCAAGUUCUGAUGAUGAUGAUACUUCUUCUUCAUUAGAUGAUAACUAUUCUAAAGGUCAACGCCGAGUCAGUUUGGCUGCUGGUUUAUUAAUUAUUCCGGAUGAUAUCCAGGAAAAAUUACGCUUAAUGGCUUCACAACGUCAUACUAAAAAUCACAAAAAAUUAAAACGUAGUUUAUCCGGCCGUUCAUAUAGUCAUCAUGCAUUAUUACCUGCACAUCCUGAUUCUUCUCCACCAUCAUUAAUUAUAACUCCUGUUUCAUCCGAUGCAAUAAUUAAUUCAACUUCUACAAAUUCUCAUUACACUAAUGGCAAGAAAGCAAAUAACAAUCAUCAAAAAAGGUUGGGUAGAAUGAGGCGAAGUAGUUCUUUAGAUCACAAUAUGAUUAGACAAAUAACUUCUUUAUGUGGUACUGGUGACUCACAACCCGAACAAAGGGUCGUCGUAGCAGGAA